CACCCACAAAGCUCACCUCCUCCCCCCCUGCCUCCCGUCCACGCAGAAGGACCAACGAUACAGCCGCCGACGGUCGUCGGCGUAUCGUUGGUCCGAUCAAAGACGACGACGACGACAACACCUCAAGGGACACCGGCAAGAACAGACUCGCCGGCCAUGGGUCUGUUCUUCCGCAAGUCCUCCAAGCAGACCGGCAAGCUCAAGUCCCUUCUCAAGCUCGCCAUCUCACGUGUCGCCAUUGCACGCCGGCCACGCCUGGCUCGCAAGUCCAUUGCCUCCGGCGACGUCUGCCAGCUCCUUGCCCUCGGCCAAAUCGACCGGGCUAUCCACCGGGCAGAGCAGGUCAUCAAGGAGGACAACAUGCUGGAGGCGUUGGGCAACGUAGAGGCCUACUGCAAGUGCCUCAUCCAGAAAUCUGCGCAGCUUGACAAACCCCAGGAGUGUAGCGAGGAGAUCAGGGAAGCGGCCGCCGGCGUCAUUUUUGCUGCCAAGUGGUGCAGCGACCUGCCGGAGCUGCAGCUUACACGCGACAUCCUCGCAGACAAGUUCGGCAACGAAUUUGCUGCGCAGGCCAAAGAGGGCACCGCCUUUGUCGAUCCUGCGCUGGUGUGGAAGCUGUCCGGAGACACGGCCAACAUGGAGCUGAAGAAGAAGGUGACCAAAGCGAUCGCCGCCGAGAACAACAUCUCGGUGGACUUCUCCUAGAUCAUGUAAACAAUCCAGGAUGAAAAAAACGAUGUUGUACAGUCAGAAGCUUGUCAAUCUAGGACUUCAUCCGUGGAAGUUAGAGCAAGACGAUGACCACCAUCCUCGCUCAGACAGGGCGAACGGCUUCGGCUGAAGAGCGACGAUGUGAAUGCGUGUGGCAUUUCCAACUUUGAUCGAUCAGCCUGAUAAGCUGAAGAUGGCGACAUCUUCAGGUGUGCACAAGAAGAUGAAGUAUUUCCUAUACAUUUUUUGCUCAAAAUGUAGCAAUUUGGGUUGGGGUAAUGCCAUGUGUACGUUCAAAAUUAGCAUCGGGAGAGUGUCGUGCAGAACUAAGGCUCGUUGUACAAGAGAAUGGAAGACAAUUGUAUUUCACUCUUACACUUGAACAAUGGAAUGCAAUUUUUUUAGCA